AGCGUUAAAAGAAUAGACUUAUCUAUAUUUUAAUCAGUGAUAUAAGUAAAAAUAUGGCUAAUUCAAUGGAAUCAAUUUUAAAAUCUACCGAGGAUCAAAUGAAUGAAGAAACAACAUAUUACUAUCCAAACAUGUGCCACAUUUGUCGCUGUUACGGUGAAAAUGUCGAUUUAAAAAGAUGUAGUGCCUGCAAUAUGAUUUCGUACUGCGGCAAAGAACACCAAAAACAAGACUGGCCGAAUCAUAAGCAGUUUUGCAGGGUUUUGUGUGAAAUAAAGAAGGAAAGGAAAGUUGAUAAUCUAUUUCAAUCAUUGAAAGUGAAAACUGAGGAGGAAAGAAAGACUGUUUUUAAGGAACUUGAAGAUGAUGGAAAAGAUGGGAAAGGCGACAUGUUAAUAAAUCAGCUGUUGGCGAAAGCAACUACACUAAUGAAGAGAAAGUUAAAAUUUCGGGAAUCCCACAUGCUCCAAUUUCCAAGAAUUUGUACAAUUUGCUUCGAAAGUAGACACGAACUUCUUGUGAAUUGCAAAAAAUGUCCACAAAUAACAUUUUGCAAAGAACACUUAUUAAAUAAUCCAGCUCAUGAAGAGCAAUGUCGUAAAUUUAUCCUUAAUUCAAUUUUUAAACCGAUGUCAGUUAUGAAAAAGGCAGCAGCAGUAAAAUUGUGUGCGCAGAUAAAAAUGGAAAAAUUACCUUCCUCAAUGAUGGAAUUUAUAGAGACUUUCAUAACAAAGAAUUUAAUUAAUUCCAAGGAAGAAAUCAAUUUAUUGAAUAUUGCAUUUUCGGAAAAAUAUUCAAGACCGCUGUCAAUAAUUUUCGCCUUGGAGAAAUUAGACUUUCCUAAAAAUUCCGAAAGUUUAGUGGUUCAUGUUGUAGGCGCCUCUUUGCCAGAGCAAUUCUAUAUCGAGUGGGAAAUAUUUUUGCACUAUUUUCAAUCUGUGAAAAAACUUUCGGUGAUUCUCAUUGGAGACGAAUUAAUGUUUCUUUACAAUCAAACGGAAGAUCUUUGCGAAUCCUGCAAAAAAGAAAACAAGGAAGUAAUAAUUGAAUCGCAUCAUACAGUAUAUGAUGAGUACUGUCGACGAUCGAAUUUUAAAAAACCGGAUAUUAUCGCUUGCCUCAAUGCUGGUUUUCAUGCUUAUCCUACUUGGGAAAAAUCUAUUAAAGUGUUGAACAAAGGACAGUGUCCUUUAGUAGUCACAGCCUUUACCAAAGCUGAAGGUCUUAGGGACGAACAAAUUGUAAAAUCAAUAUUUCCCGCGGCAAAUUGUGUCUUCAGUGAUUACAAUCCGUAUGAAAGUUAUUAUUAUUCAAGAAGGAAAAUUGGAAUGCCUAUAAUUAACAUUAAUCAAUUUAUUUCUAUUUAUGAACAACUUGGUGCAAAAAAUACAUCUAAGUGAUAUUUUACGUUAUUCAAGGAAAUAAUUAUGCAAUAAUGCAGUAAAAAUACUUCUUUUGACAUUACAAAAUAUUGUUUCUUUAUGUUGGUACAUGGUUUUAAAUACAUUUACAUCAGAGUUGUAAAUAUUGAAUUUGUAUAAACCUUGUAAUGAAUGUUAAAAAGUAAUUCUAUGUUUUAUU